UAAUACGUAGGAUGAGAUGGUUCAGUUACAAAAGUGAGGUUAGUAAUUAUGGUGGACGAAUCUACGCGAAAAACUCUCAGUAGUAUUCCUUUGCUAAGUACAAAGGCAGGACCGCGUGAUAAAGAAUUAUGGGUCAACAGAUUAAAGGAAGAAUAUCAAGCUUUAAUAAAGUAUGUUCAGAACAAUAAAGGUUCGGACAACGAUUGGUUUCGGUUGGAAUCUAACAAGGAAGGAACACGAUGGUUUGGAAAAUGCUGGUAUAUGCAUAAUCUUCUGAAGUAUGAAUUCGACGUUGAAUUUGAUAUUCCUGUAACCUAUCCUACAACAGCACCAGAGAUAGCACUGCCUGAAUUGGAUGGUAAGACAGCAAAAAUGUACAGAGGCGGGAAAAUAUGUUUAACGGACCACUUUAAACCGCUUUGGGCGAGAAAUGUUCCCAAGUUCGGGAUUGCCCACGCAAUGGCUUUAGGGUUGGGCCCCUGGCUAGCGGUAGAAAUUCCAGACCUAAUCGAGAAGGGUGUUAUUAGUUACAAAGACAGAGGGGAUGAGUAAUAUAUACAAAGUAUACAAUUAUGAAAAAUACAUUGAAGCUCUAUAUGGAUUAAUAUUGUGUAAAUACAGGUGAACAUUU